AUGGCUCCAACUUCACUUCUUCGCAGAGCGCUAUUCUAUGUCCCGGCAUCAUCCCCAAAACACAUCGCAAAGUCCUUGACUCUAAAAUCAGACAAUGUGACCUACGACCUCGAGGACUCUGUGUCUCUUGCCAGCAAGGAUGCCGCACUUGAGAGCCUGCUCCGUCACCUGAAGUCACUAGACGGGCGGCCGCAGUCCAUCCGUGAGGUUGCGGCGCGCAUCAACCCUAUCCACACUGCUCAGGGCAGCAGGGAACUCACCGCGCUGGCUGCGCUCCCACAGGUGGACGCCAUCCUCCUCCCCAAGGUCGACUCUAGCUGCGACGUAGUGGAAGCCGCGCAGAUGGUCGACAUGGCAGAUGUGAAGCGGAGAGACGCGUUUGAAGUGCUGCGGCAAAGGCAGACCGGUCGGGGCGGCACCGUCAACAGCCGCCCUGCCAGUGGCAACUACCGGCGCAUCUCGCUAAUCGCCCUCGUUGAGUCUGCCCGGGCCAUCGAAGACCUCCGCGAGAUCUGCACCGCGCUCCAUGGUAGAAAGUCUGACUCGGGCGAGCUGCUGGCUCAGCUUUCCGGGCUCGUGUUUGGCGCUGAGGACUUUGCGCGGGACUUGAGCAUCACGCGGACGCCGUCCCUGGCCGAGUUCCAGUACGCUCGCAGCAGGAUGGUGACGGCGGCCCGGGCUUACGACGUCCCGAGCAUCAUCGACCUUGUCUGCACCGCCUACAAGGAGCCUGCCCGGCUCGAGGAGGAGUGCCGGAACGGCAGGGGUAUGGGUUUCAGCGGGAAGCAGGUCAUACACCCGGGGCAGCUCGAGACGGUGCAUAGCUUGUUCGGUGUGGCGGAUGCGGAGGCCGAGUGGGCUGUCCGGAUAUUUGUUGCCAACGCCAAGGCCGAAGCCCAAGGACGCGGGGCCUGGGCAAUGGACAACCAGAUGAUUGAUGCUCCGGUCAUCGGGCGGGCCCGGGGCCUUGUUGAGAGGGCAAGGCUUUGCGGGAUAGAUGUCGAUGCCCUAAUGGAAAAGUGGAAAGAUCAGAAGCCCGAAUAG